ACCCCGCAUCCACCGCCCGCUCCUCUCGGCUCGGCGGCAGCCGCCCGCAGCACCCAGCCGAGCAAGACUUGCUGUUACUCCCUGACUGGAAUGGAGAUUUCUUCCCACCAGUUUCACCUCCUUGAGCAGCUAAACGAGCAACGGAAGCAAGACUUGUUCUGUGACUGCAAUAUCCUGGUCGAGGGAAAGGUCUUUAAAGCACAUCGCAAUGUGCUGUUUGCCAGCAGCGGCUAUUUCAAAAUGCUCCUUUCGCAGAGCUCGAAGGAGACGAGUCAGCCGACGACAGCUACUUUUGAGGUCUUCUCUCCAGAGACAUUUAUGGUUAUCCUGGACUUCGUGUAUUCGGGCAUAUUGUCUUUAACCGGUCAAAACGUGAUCGAAGUCAUGUCAGCUGCUAGCUAUCUGCAGAUGACAGAUAUUCUUAAUGUCUGUAAGACCUUCAUUAAGUCCUCGCUGGAUAUUAAUGAAAAGGAAAAGGAUCAUUACCUCAGCCUUUCGGCCAAAAGCACAAACAGUGAACCUGCCCAUCCCUCCCUUUAUCGGUCAAGAAGGAAAGCAAAGAGCAACCCCAGGCGUUCCUAUUCAGUCCCGGAUGAAAAGACUAAUACGGUGAAUGAAAAUUCCUGGGGUGGUUACAGCAGCUACCUGUCCUCACAGGUGAUUCUUCAGCGGGCAGAAACACAGCUAUCGAAAAAAGGCAGAAAACAGGGCUCAACGAGAAAGCGCCGAAAGCACCUCGGACUGUCACAGACCCGUGACUUUGUGCAGUGUAAAUCGAACAAAGCUGAGCGGGCCAGCGGAGGUUGCAGUGCGUCAGAUUCCAGCCACAUCUCUCGGGUUGGAGAGGAGGUUGAAUUUGAUGCCGAGAAUGACGUUGAUCACGAUGGUUACGGGUAUAAUCAUGAAUCAGAAGUGAUACCGAAGAGGUGGUCUAUUGCUCAGCUAGAACAAGAACUUUCAAGAACUCCUGAGUUCAUGGAAUUAAAAGCAGAGGAACUGUACACCUCGAUGCCCACAAUUUUAGGUGUAAUGAGUAGUUGGAACGAAGAUGACCUACCUCGGAUGCGAUUCAAAUGCCCCUUCUGUACGCACACAGUGAAGCGACGCGCAGACCUGAAGCGACAUCUUCGGUGUCACACAGGGGAGCGACCGUACCCAUGCGAAGCGUGUGGGAAAAGGUUCACCCGACUAGAGCAUUUACGUAACCACUUCCAAACGAUACAUCAAGCUGGCAAACUGAUCUGCAGAAAAUGCAAGCGUCACGUAACCGACCUAACAGGAUGUGUUGUUCAGCAAGGAACAAGACGCUACAGACUGUGCCAUAAGUGUCUAGCGGAAGCUAAUUUUGACAGCAUCCCUGACGAUUUAGAUGCAGAACAUUCUCCUGUCUCCUGCACGGGAAACAAACGUUCCAAAUGGGCUUUGGAGGAGGAACAGAAAUCAGAUGAAGAGACAAUGGAGGAGGAACCGUAUAAUUUGGUUGUCCGACAUGUUAAUGAUGAUAUUCCAGAUGAGGUAGACGAAAAGGUGAAACCAAAUCUUAGGUAGAUAUAUUUGUGUAUUUGUUACUGUUGUAUUCAAGAUUAAAUUACUUGUGUCCUACCAACUAAUGCUGGUUUAUUACUUUCAUUAAAUAUUGCUAAAAUUCUAUUAUGAGAAGCAAAAUACAGACUACGAACAAGUUGUUUUGUACUUAGAGACAUGCAACAGUGUAACUACUUCUAAAUAUCAUCCAGAAAGUACUUAUUAUCUGGAAACUAUUUAGAAGAAUGGGUUUAUAUUUCAUCAAAGACUUGCUCAGAGCUCCUGUUCAUAAUGAAAGUGUGAACCAUUUUACAGUUCUACAAAGAUUCUAUACUAUAUAGAUUUUUAAAAAACAAAUAUUGAUGAUUUGCUUUGAAAAAGUCUUACUAAAGCAGCUAAGAAAUGUAAAACACAUUAUUGUUGACACUGUAAUUAACAUGUAUAUACACCUCAGAAACUUCAUAAGAAAGGAGUAAAGAAAACAAGUGGAAUUCUUCCUGCUGAAGAACCUAUUUAUGAGAGCUUUGUUUUCUGAGUGAGCUUACUGCUUCUUAUAGUUCAGAAAAGCAUGAAUAGUUUUAAAGAAUACACACAGCCAUACAGAGUAGAGUAACGAACAGAGCAUCUGUAGUGCACUUGGCUGGUAUGAGUUUGCCUUUUCAGAUAUGCCGUGUUUUUGUACUGUGAAUUUUAAACAGAGAUACACUAACAUGGUUCCAAGGAAAUAAAA